AUGUCAGGCAACCUCAUCGACCUCAGUGACGAGGGCACCUCCUCUCAGAACACCACUGGCAUCAACGGCAUUCACCGUACCAACGGUCUCGUCGGCCGCAUGUCGCUCUCGGAGAACCGUGCAAGGUCGCCUCCCCGCAACCACUUCGCAGGUCUCGAUAUCCUCAUGAGACAGAGGCAGUCUUCUACACCAAUCCCGUCACCAGCUCCGCGACCAGUGUCGCUGCCAACUGUGGCCAGUGUCCCUCGCUUUGCUACACGUCUUUCUUCAAGUUCGGAGAUGUUCUCCCCGCUGGCGCAGCCGUACAGGACCCCAGAGUCUGUGGCGUCUUUCCUACAAGAGCAGCAAGAGCCCUUGACCUCCGCCCUUAGGUCUGAUCAGCCGAUCCCCGAGUACAUCCCUGAAAACAGGAUGGAGUUCAGGAGCAUGAUUGAUACUAUCAAUGACUACAACAAGGCCACCGAUAGCGAGUCCGAUCAUCGUUCUGAUCACAGCUCCUGGUCGCCACCCGUCCCUGUCCCUCACAUCGAGUUAUCCGUGCCUGCUGCAUCUGAUACACCCCCGACUCCAGCAGACUCCGUUGUGGAUGCCGUUCAUGAUUUCGGAUCCGACCAACCAACGAUGGUGUGGAUGACUGAGCAGGAGCAGGUGACCGUGCUAGAGGACAGGUUGGCAGCCGCUCAGGAAACUCUCGCCAGGCUGGAGCGCGAGAACGCUGAGGCCGAUAGGAAGCUAGGACUUCUCGGAUACCAGCUCGAGUCCACCGAGAACCAGAAUGCCGCAAUGUCUCGCGCUAUGUCUGAGAAGGACGCCAUGAUCAAGAAGCAGGAUCUCGGAAUGAAGAAGCAGGGCGCUGAUAUCAAGGCAAAGGACGCUCAGCUGGUAAGGAAAGGAGUUGAGACUGCGAGACAUGUUGCUGAGAUCAAAAAGCAACGUCAACAGCUAGGUGCCCGCAAUGCGUUGAUCAACAAGGCAAACCCCGGAAAUGACAAGGUCGGUGUGCAUGGCGCCAGGAUGGCUGCUAAGGAUGCUGAGUUAGCCACUAUGAACACCAAGUUGGCCGCUAGGAAUGCCGAGUUGGCAGCGCUCAAGCAGAUCGCCAAGGAGCAAAAGGCCCUCCUCAUCAAGGAGCAGCAGGAGGCUGUCGACCAUCAGCGGAUCAUCGACCAUCACCGCACACAAAACCAGGCCUUUGCUGACGCUGCAACUGCACGCGAGCAGACCAUAGCUGAUCUGCGACAAGAGCUUGUCGUCCGGAAGUUCGAGCUGACGGACGCCCAAGAGCAACGUGGAAACCGCGGCGCCAUCGAGGACAUCAAGGGCAAGCUUCGUGAAAUGACCACUCUUUCCGAUCGCCAGCGAGCCCAGCUCAAGGACGCCAAGGAAGAACUCAAGUUCAAGGAUGCCCGCAUCAUGGACCUCAGCAACAACGGCGAGCGUCUCCGUGGUGCCAUUCAUGUCGUCCCGCCGCGCAAUGUCAAGCUCCCUGAGACCGUCGUAUCAUGCACGGAGUGUUACGCCAUGGACCGGCGAUGCGACAGCGGUACCAAGUGUCGCCCCUGCAUGGAGAACAACACUGAGUGCCUGCGCUUCAUGUGCUCAUUGAAGUACAAGAACGGCAACUGCCCUCUGGUCCCCUGCCCUCUCACCCACGACGGCCAGGGUUACCUCAUGUUGCCGCGACCUCGUCCUGAAUGGUGA